AUGUCCAAGUUCAGCUUGAAGGUUCCUGCGUCCAGUGCCAACAUUGGGCCCGGUUUUGAUGUCUUGGGAAUUGGACUAAACCUUUUUUUAGAGAUCCAGGUCUCCACAGAUCCCUCUGUGGACACAUCGGACGAUCAGCAUUUUGUCAAAUUGAGUUACGAAGGUGAUGGAGCAGAACAUGUGCCACUUCGAAGUGAAAAGAACUUGAUUACGCAGACUGCUUUAUAUGUCAUGCGCUGUAAUGGGAUCAAGCACUUCCCAAAGGGAACCCAUAUUCAUGUCAUUAACCCAAUUCCGCUUGGAAGAGGACUAGGUUCUUCUGGCGCAGCUAUCGUGGGAGGAGUGAUGUUGGGCAACGAAAUUGGACAGCUUCAACUCUCAAAGGAAAGAAUGCUUGACUAUUGCUUGCUAAUAGAAAGACACCCAGACAACAUCGCGGCAGCUAUGCUUGGAGGAUUUGUGGGAUCAUACUUGAAUCAGCUCUCUGAUGAAGAAACAUUGGCCAAGAACGUUCCCAUGGAGCACAUUUUGCCUAGCGUCGACACCCCCGUGGAGCUCCACGAGACGAGAGCUCCGCCACAGAACAUCGGCCAAUACGUCAAAUACAACUGGAACAAGCAGAUUAGGUGCGUUACCGUUAUCCCCAUGUUUGAGGUUAAAACCGACGAUGCACGUGCGGUUCUUCCAUCUCUGUACACCAAGGAAGACAUUGUGUUCAACUUGCAAAGACUUGCAGUCUUGACUACCGCAUUGACUCUCCCACAACCGGACCACAAGCUCAUCUACGAGGCCAUGAGAGACAAGAUUCACCAGCCAUACCGUGCGCAGCUCAUUCCGGGGCUUGACAGGGUAUUGAAAGAACUUACACCAGAACUGAGCCCUGGCCUUUGCGGCAUUUGUCUUUCUGGCGCUGGCCCAACUAUCUUGUGCUUGGCGACUGACAAUUAUGAGACUAUUGCCGACAGGGUGAUUGGCAUCUUCAAGGAGAACGGCGUGGAGUGCAAGUGGGAAUUACUUGAUAUAGCAUAUGAUGGGGCCGUUGUCGAGCGGACAUAG